CCAGGUGAGCGGACAGAGCCAGACUGGAGGAGGAGACAGACGGUGUGUUGUUCACACACCUCAUCAGACACACACAGAUGGACGUCAUGCACCUGAACGGGACACACCUCCACCUGCCGCUGGCUGAGUUCGGCUUCGAGCGGCGCUUCGACGAGCGAGGAGCCAUCGCGUGGAUGCAGGAGAACUGGUGUACGUCCUUCGUGUUCAGCGCUCUGUACGCCGCCCUGGUGUUUGGAGGGCAGCGCUUCAUGAAGCCUCGACCCAAACUGAACCUGCGGCGGCCGCUCAUCCUGUGGUCACUCAGCCUCGCCGUCUUCAGCAUCAUCGGCGCCGUUCGGACCGGCAGCUACAUGUUUCACGUCCUGAGCAGCAGCGGCUUCAAACGCUCCAUCUGUGACCAGAGCUUCUACAACGGGCCGGUCAGCAAGUUCUGGGCGUACGCCUUCGUCCUGAGCAAAGCUCCAGAGCUCGGCGACACGGCGUUCAUCGUGCUCCGGAAGCAGAAGCUGCUCUUCCUGCACUGGUACCACCACAUCACCGUGCUGCUGUACUCGUGGUACUCCUACAAAGACAUGGUGGCUGGCGGCGGCUGGUUCAUGACCAUGAACUACGCUGUGCACGCGCUCAUGUACAGCUACUACGCCGCGCGAGCUGCCGGCGUGCGCGUGCCGCGGCCCUUCGCCGUGCUCAUCACCAGCGCUCAGAUCAGCCAGAUGGCGAUGGGGCUGACGGUGAGCGGCCUCGUGUACCGCUGGCUGCAGCACGGCGACUGUCCAUCCAGCAUCAACAACAUCAUGUGGGCGUCGCUCAUGUACCUCAGCUACCUGCUGCUCUUCGCCAACUUCUUCUACAACACGUACCUGCGCCGCGACGCCGACUGCAAGGCCAAGAAGACGGAGUAGACGCCGCCAGGGGCAUUGUGGGACAUUCUUCACCAUGACUGAUACUUAAGCUGCGAACGGUUAACAGAGAAAUGUAGUCAGAGCAGACUGACAGGUUCAGGUGAGCAGGAAGUGUAAGACAGGAAGUCCUUAUUUGGUGUAAAUGAUUUUAUAAGUUAAAACAAGGUUUAAAGAAAAGGUCAAAGGUCGACGGAAAGUGGUUUCACAAACACACAGUGACAUUCCCGCAGGCCACACCCACCCUGCUCGUACUGGUUCACCUGGUUUCACCUGAACACACCUCCAAUCACACAGCCAAUCAGGAGGCGGCGACGGUUUGUUAACGUUAGCUCCUGUUAGCUCCUGUUAGCUGGGUCAGUGUUGUUGUCCAAAUCUGAUUAUUUAUUGAUUUGUUCGUAUUUAUUUGACUCAUGAUGGCAGCCAAUCAGGCGCUGGAGAAGUCUCAAAACACGCGUUUCACUUUUCUUAAUAUGGGUCAUGUUACUCACAUGAAUAUUUCUGAUCCUUGUUUUGCACCAGAGACUUUAUUAAUAUUAACGAUGAUGAUGAAGUUCAUUGUGUGAUUUGUCGAUGAAUGAGACGAACAGUCGAUGUAACUUUAAAACCUUUUAUUUAUGAAUAAAGAAUGAGUUUGUACGUCUGUGCUGCUUCCUCAUCUCAAAUGUUUCCUGAGG